CAAAGAAGAGAUGAGCGAAGUUGCUAGGAAUCUUAAGAUUUUGUUUCACAGAUGGUGUCGUAAAUUGCAAGAACUCGAGCUAAGAAGCACCCCGAACUGUACACAUUUAGCUGUCUACUCAGUUCAGCCACCCGAGAGAUGUGAAAAUACUGGACCAGGGAGACCUAAGUUCAAAAUCGAAGAAGACACCCUACUGCAGUUCAGAAAGCUAGGCUUCACUUGGAAAGAUAUAGCUCGACUCUUACUCGUGUCACGUUGGACUCUAUGGCGACGAGUACGAGAGCUUGGUAUUGAGAAGAAAAUUGGCUUUACUGAUAUCGAAAAUGGGGAGCUUGAUUACAUUAUUCAUUCUUUCAUGACAGCUCAAGGAUGUCUUGUUGGCUACUCGAUGGUUCGUGGUCACUUAAGGGAUAUAGGAAUCAAGGUCCAACGAAAUCGCAUUCGAGAAAGUAUUGCGCGUGUUGAUCCCGUAAAUACUCGUCUAAGAUGGGCAACAGUUAUUUCUAGGAGAACUUAUUCAGUACCUGGCCCCAACAGCUUAUGGCACAUCGACGGUCAUCACAGCUUAAUAACUUGGGGUUUUGUAAUUCACGGAUGCAUAGAUGGUUUUYCCCGGCUAAUUUGUUUUCUUAAGUGUUCUUCCAACAACAGAAAGGAAACUGUAGAAGACCUCUUUCUAGAGAGUGUCCAGAAUUAUUCAUGGCCUUCCCGGGUCCGUACGGACUAUGGAGGAGAAAACGUUCUGGUCUGGGAACAUAUGAAUGCAGUCCGAGGAAAUGGAAGGGGAUCUGUUYUGGUUGGCAAUUCUACACACAAUCAACGCAUAGAGCGUCUGUGGCGCGACGUGUUUCGAUGUUUUGGGAGCUUAUUCUACUACACAUUUCAGUCCAUGCAAGAAUCAGGUCUGCUUGAUAUCACUAACAUGCUGCAUAUGUUUAUGCUUCAUUACGUUUAUCUUCCAAGAAUCAAUGCUGCCAUUACAAGUUUUGCUGCUGCUUGGAAUAAACACCCUAUUAGGACUGAGAGGAACUGGAKUCCAGAACAGAUAUGGUCCAACGGAAUGAUUGACAGAGUUAACAGUGGGCUUUGCGCAGUGGCUGACGUUAGAGGUGAUGGAAAUGUAUCUGAAGAUGACUKAGAGUGGUAUGGCUUUGAUCCUGGAGCACCUCUUCCACCAGAUGAUGGUCUCUCUACUGUCGAGGUAGAUGAUGUGAACUUUGACCUUCCAARUGACAUACUCAUGCUUCUUGCUAAUGAAAUUGAUCCACUUGCUAAUUCAAGCGCUUUUGGAAUUGACAUUUUUUCAAGAGGAGUUUCACUUCUUCAGGAUCUGCUGUAUGAUCAUGCUCAAUGAGAAAAAUUGUGAGCAGGUUGUUUUCAGCAUCUACACCAAAUUGAAAACAUUGUUGGGUUCAAAAAUGUUAAAUCAUUGAAGAAGGGUGAGCUGGGUAAACAGUUAAUGGGGCUAUUAUUAUGGAUCUUGAUGUUUGCAGCUAUCAAACAUGGAUUAAAGUUGGGAAACAAAGCAUUUUUGUCACUCCAAAUGCCAAGGAUAUUGCUCUUAGAUCUGAUGAUUUAACCUUUUGCACCCAACAAUGAUUUUUUAAUGCCAUGUAUAAACCUWUUAAAAAGAACUGUUCAGGCUAAAAGCAAGAGGGUGAUGACCAAAAAGAGUUCUGGAUAGUCAUAAUUUGUUAAUAUAUUCCAAUUAUAUAUUUUUUCUAUUACAAGUAAAUCUAGCAUUCAUUUUGGUCAUCAGAUUCUUGCUUUUACCCUUGACAACAAUUAUUGGAAUAAGAUAAGAGUAUAAUGUAAUUGUGUGAAAAUAAACUAAGUCCCACAUCCUUCCUAAAACAAAACUCAGACAGUUUUCAUUUUUUAUUUCUAAUUUCAACAUAAUCUGGAACAUUGGCAAUAUAAUGGAGAGUAGCCUCCUCCACAGGCAUCACAGCCCUUUCUGACAGUAAGAAUGGCUUUGUUGGAGGCUAGAAUGAUAAAGUUUUUAAUUUUGAUAAAUAAAACAACACAAAAUCCAAA